GAAUUAAUUCAGUUCUUGUGCGGUGCGUGGAUAUCAACGAACAGCACACUCCCCGUUGGACAAAAUCUAAACUUUGACUUUCAUUUCCGUGGAUUAUGCAAAGACGAUGCACAACUUACCAACAAAUUCCACGGCAGCUGCCAUUUUCUGCAGAGCAUGGACAGUUUUUUAAGCGGUUUGGAAAAACCUUGUGCAGUGGCAUAUGAUGAUCCUUUGGCCGACAAAGUGUGCCGGUUUUGGCAGCAGUCAGCAUACCCUGUUUAUAACAUGUACAGAACGUUUUGUCCGGACUUUCCUUCGCUCAAUUUCAAUCAUUCGAAUGGAGUUCCAAAAGAGGUGGUUUAUUUGUACUUAUGCAAAUGGAGUCAGUAUACGAAAGAAUUAUCUCCACGAACUUUUGAAGCUACGGACUGUGAUGCCGACCCUACAUCCGAUCAUUUUGUCAGUCGAUUACGUCCUGAAAUAAACAACUGCCCUCCAUUAGACGCAAUCAUUCAGUUAACUUCCCGUGGAAAUGAGGUUUGCGCUCAGCACAAUGCGGGCGAUAGCGUAACCCUCGCUGGACGCGUCUGUGGCUGGUGGAACGAUCAAGACGGAAAGAUGCAGGAGAUUGUCCGCCAUCUUAAUGUGGAGUUCUGUCAUACCCCCUCCGAGUUUGUCGACUACUGCCGGGGCAAUACUUCACGGAUAUGGUUUUUUCAUGCAUCAAGCGCACUGGCGAAAAGCACUACCGCUGCAGUACUUACGGUGACCUUUCCAGUGCUGUUAGCCUUCGCUACCAUUGGAAAUGUUAUCAGUAUAAUGGUCUUCGCAUCGGUUAAGGAGAAGAAGAGAGCUACGGUUUAUCUGUUGGUUAUCUGCGUCGGCGACAUCUUGCACAUGUGGUUCCAAAUUCCUCGAUACAUUUCCAUCGUCAAUCGUCUGAUUCUCAAGGAACACGUUACUUAUGAUCGUCUUAUCGGUUUUGUAAACUUGGUACUGCACGUCGCUAAGGAUAUGUCCGACUGGGCGCUCUUGAUAUUUUCCGUGGAACGUUCCAUGUCCAUUCUUCGACCACUGCAGAAUCGAGAGCGUGGUCGAACCAAGCCAGCGUGGAUUACGAUGCUGGUGAUACUGGUUGUGUUGAUCGCCAUCAACGCAGUUGAUCCCGUUGCCUCACAGUUUAUACUAUCGCGAUCUGGGGUUCGAGUAUACGAACUCAUGUACCGAGAUGUUCCGGCGUUCGAUGCCGCAUAUCCGCUGUGGAUUCAGCACUGGAUGUUUGCUGCAGUUAUUUACCGGACCCUGAAAAUUGUGGCCAUUUUUGUCAUCCUACUUGCAGCGGACUCUUUUGUCAUUAUCACGGUAAUCAAGCGGCAGCGCGCGUUGAAGGAACACUCUCGUAAAGGCCACAUCGGCGGUACGAAUACAAUCAUCAUCUUCUCUACUACAUUGUACCUUUUGACGCAAGUCGUGGCGCUGGUGAAUGAGUUGCUGGUCGUGUCGUACAUUACAUGUUUAUUGCAUAAAGACCAUUACUCUUACGAGACCUACUGGAAUGUGUAUCCGGUACAAAACGCCCUCUCGGACAUAAACCAUUCCUUGAAUUUCCUCUUUUACGCCCGUUCCAAAUCCUUUCGUGCAGGAUUAAUGAUGCUGUUGGAUCCUGUGAAAAAGUGUAAUUCACAAGCAGUGUUCGUCAGUUUUUGA